CUUUGAAUUUGUUAGUAUAACUUUCCAUUGAGAACCUCUCCAUACAUGCAUUACAACCCUCCAUCACAGGCGUCAACACCAUCUCUCUGCCCUCCGCAAGGACAAUGAAGACCUCAAGGCCAGACCGGCGUCGUUUCAUCAUUUAUUCCUUCUUCUUCAUUUGUUUCCUCUGUGCCCUAGCUUCCAUCAACGAGGUUCGAUUUGAUAGUCUUUUGAAAUUCGGUUGCAGUGCUCUUUCCAACAUCAACGCUCCCAACAGUACUUCAACAGCAAAUGUUCUGCUCGCCCAGAACUCGUCCUCGGACGAUGAGAUUCGUAUACUUUUCGGCAUUCUAACACUUCCUGACCAAUACCACCGCCGCCACUUCCUGCGUAUGAUCUACGGCACGCAAACUCCGGUAGGGGCAACAGUGGACGUGAAAUUUGUGUUCUGCAACCUCACGAAGGAAGACCAGAAAGUACUUGUGGCAUUAGAAAUAUUGCGUUACGAUGACAUUAUCAUUCUCAAUUGCAAAGAGAAUAUGAACAAGGGUAAGACUUACACCUAUUUUUCGAGCUUGCCAGAGAUGUUCAACGAUACGAAGGGGCCAAAUCGGCCUUACCAUUAUGUAAUGAAAACAGACGAUGAUGCGUAUUUUAGGCUGCAAAGCUUGGUGGACUCGUUGAAGCCAUUACCAAGACAAGACUUGUACUAUGGUUAUGUUAUUCCAUGCCCAAGUAUGGAUCCAUUUGUGCAUUACAUGUCUGGAAUGGGGUAUUUGAUUUCUUGGGACAUAGUGGAGUGGAUUAGAGAGUCCGACAUCCCCAAGAACCAUUUGGAAGGGCCGGAGGAUAAAAUUUUCGGGGAUUGGAUUAGAGAAGGGCAUCGCGCGAAAAACAGGUACAAUGCUAAGUGGUCUAUGUACAAUUUUCCGGAGCCGCCCACAAGAUGCACACAUGAGCUUUGGCCAGACACGAUCGCAGUUCAUUUGUUGAAGAAUCAAGAAAAAUGGAUUACGACGUUGAAGUAUUUCAACGUCACUGAUAAUCUCAAGCCUUCGAAAUUGUACCAUAUACCUUAACUAGGUAAUAUAUAUAUACCUGAACAGUUUUCAUUUUAAUUAUUUUCCAAUUAUUUGCUGAAUUCAGAUGAUCCAAUCUGAUUUUGAUCAUUCAUUCUUGCUGUAAUCUUGUGUUUUUCUUAUCCUGAUGUGCUAUGUACUACUUAAUUGAUUUGAAAUUCAAAUGGGUGAUUGACCUCCUACGAAAUUGAAUGCA